AUGACAACAUCACCCACCCGGACCAAACAAAAAUUGUCGCUGCGGAAACGGCUAUUUGUAAAAAAGUCUCCUAAAGUGGGCUGCUAUGUGGAUACCGAUUCAGCAGACGAAUUCACUCAACCUGCUUCACGUCCAAUAUCUCCCGUAGAUCCUUUCUUGGCUCAGAGUGCUCAACACAUCAACUAUAGUGGUGAGUUGUCAGACACCGUGAGGAACUCAACAGGGGAACUUACUGUUAACAACUUAAGUAGAGACACUGAACGGACUCACCAAGACGACGAAAAUAACCAAAAAUGUUGUAAAACUUUCUUCAAAAGAUCGCGCCCCAAAAGUUUAGUAGAAGGAAACAUUUCUAAAGUCGAAGUAAUCUCUGGGCCUUGCAGCCCAGCUAACAAUGGAAACAGCAGUCUAGAUGACCAAGCAAUUUACUCACAUCAUUCAAAAUCUGAUGAAAUAGCUAAAGCUACGAUAAAAUUUCCGAAUAAAGAUGACAUGAAAAAGUCUUUUGAACACUCAGGAUCAUUUGAAGGCAUUAAGACAAAGAAUAAAUUAUUUGUGAAGAGAUUGUCAGCUGAUCAUUUAAUAACUAAUGAUACUAAACCUCUUUAUCGCUCAUCAUCACCUGAAAGUGAUAGAAGUAGUUCUUUGGACAGAAAGAGAAGGACCAAGUCAACCAUCACACGGUCGGCAUCCCGUGCUGGCAGCACCGACAGCUUAGCUCGCAACUCUCUGCUUGCUGCACAGGUUCUCAGGCUAAUACCCACACAAGAGGCUCGAGAGAGAAAUUUCUUAUAUGGAAGAUUGGCAUCUCAGUCUUUGUUAGGAGCCGCAGAGUUAGAGCAUGUUUUUCCUGAUAGAGAAGUAAAGAUAUUUGUUGGUACUUGGAAUAUGAAUGGACAAGCUCCACCAAGGGAACUGGCAGACUUCAUAUUUCCAAAUCAAGUGAAGCAUGUGCCUGAUAUAUUUGCUAUUGGCACACAGGAGUCAUUUUCGGAAAGAACAGAAUGGGAAAUCACUAUUCAGGAGGUUUUGGGACCAUCCCAUUUAUUACUACAUUCUUCUUAUUUAGGUACACUUCACUUAACAGUUUUCAUACGUAGGGACCUGAUCUGGUACUGUUCCCUUCCUGAAGAUGCGAGCUUAUCUGUACGGCCCGGGAUUGCUUUUCGAACUAAAGGAGCUGUCGCUAUAUCCUUUGCAUUAUUCGGUUCUACAUUCCUUUUCGUCACAGCACAUUUGACUGCUCAUCAGGAAAAAGUUAAAGAACGAGUUUCAGAUAUAAAAAGGAUUAUUAGAUCUAUUGACUUGCCUAAGAAUUUGCCUUGUAGGCAUAAGAGUAAAGAUUUGACAAACAAUUUCGAUUACGUAUUUUGGUGCGGUGAUUUAAACUUUCGAUUGGGUGAGCCCAGGGCUGCCGUCUUACAAUGGAUAGAAAAAACUCAGUUUCCCUUACCCGCGCAUUUGCCGCACGGACUCCUGCAUGCGGAUCAACUGACAGCUGUGCUGGAAGAUGGAGCCGCCUUUAGAGAUUUUAGAGAAGCACCCAUCACCUUUCCGCCUACCUACAAGUAUGAUCCAGGAAGCCAACAGUUUGACACAUCGAGCAAACAGCGAGCUCCCGCGUAUACAGACCGAAUAUUGUACAAAUCUAAAUCUAUGUCAGCUACUUCGUCAUCUGCAUUUUCUGCCCUUCGUCGUUUAAGCGUGGUACCUCUGCCUCCUUCGGGUCUGAAGUGUAUCGCGUACAACUCCGUUCAGUCCGUAUGCACUAGUGAUCAUAAACCUGUCUGGGCACUGUUCUCAGCUUCUUUGCGCCCCGGCACUGACGUAGUACCAUUAGCCGCGGGAUUAUUCAACAGAGAAGUAUAUCUCGAAGGAAUCAAGAGACGACGCGCUCUUCUUGAUCAUGCACCAGGUACGUCCGCUGUUUGCACAUUACAGUGAUAUUUACAUGCUGUUGGAAACAAAUAUUCAUGGGUAAUAGUGACAUUUUCGUCUUAGUGUUCGGAAGUUUUGGUCCACAACGUCUACCAUUGUAAACGUCACUAAAGAGCGAGUGAUUUAUAUAAGGCUGACUAAAACUACAUUCGGACCCUAGAGCUAAAUUUAUUCUACUGGCAACACUAACGUUGAUGUCAAAAUGCCGCCGA